CGAAAACGAUUCACAGCCGUUUGAUGAAGCCACCUCAGAAUCUGUAUAAAACAGACCCCAUUUGAGCUCUUUCUGAGAAGAUUCAGAGACCCAAAAAGAAAAAAUCAGAGAAAUCGGCUGCACUUUCCUCCCUUUGAAUUUUUUGGAGAAGAAAGGAAGAAAAGAGAGAGAGAGAGAGAUAGAGAAAAAGCAUGCCUUGCUUUGUGCCAUUCCAUGGUAGGAAUUUGGAUAUCAGCUUCUUUGUAUUCAAGCCAAUUGGGUUGUUUGCAGAAGAGCUGAUUGAAGCUCUUAAGUACGUCUCCUUUUGCUCUGAGGACCAUGGAUGUGCCUACAGCUCUGUCUUCAAGAGCCUUCAUGGCAAUCUGGUCAUAUGGUAUGGAGCAUGGAUGAAGAGAUCAAACGAGAAGAAAGAAUUGCUCAGUGCGACUCUGAAAUCAGCAUUAGCUAAUGUAUCGAGCAUGGCCAUUUUACUCGACUAUAGCUUCUUCGAGCCAUAUGCUGGAGAAUCAAAAGAUGGCCAUCCAAUUGCCAGAUUCUCCUCCGGCGAUACCAUUUCUAUGAACUCGAUGCUCCCAGCCUCCGAUGACUUAACCGACCUCUCUUAUGCUAGUGUGACCCUUCUAAAAUCGUGUUUUUUGAAGAUGGAUGGAGUCACCGCCGGCGUCUGCUUCCGAUGCUAUGAUAGGCCGAGGGUUGCGUGCUUACAAGUAUGGAAAUCAGUCCACUCAUGUUACUCUUGGCUACUCAAUUCAAAUUUUCGAAAGACCAUUUCACCAUACCUUGAUCAGUUGUAUGUCGAUUUAAAAUGUGAUGUCUUUCGAGUUGUCUAUGUAAGUAGUGACGACCUAGUCAAUAUAAGAUUCUUUCCUCUCCAAAUUCUAACAAACUGCAAAGAAGGAAGCGACAGUGAGAAUGAAAGUUUCGAAAGUUUGUAAACCUCCUAAGACUGUCCAAAGCAAUGGCCAUUUGUAUUUCUUCUGCAAUAAUGUAAAUAUUUUUGUUGGGUUUUUGGU